ACAGGACGUAGGCGGCGGCGGCGGCGGCGGCGGCAGCAGCCGUAGCGGUUACUAGGCGGCCCGCGGCGGACCAUGGCCCUGGCCGGGCGUCCCUGGCCUCUCCUCUCGGAGUACUCGGGCAGCGUCGGGGAGCGGGCAGACUUCCGGGAAGGAACUGAGAAGCGACUGAGCGGCGGUCGGCGCGCGUAGCGCCCCGAACAUGCGGCAGUACCUGUGGGCGACCCGGGGCUGCAGAGAGGAGGAGGAGGAGGAGGAGGAGGCGGAGGCGACGGCGGCUGCUCCGGAGGGAAGGAGGCGGCGGCGCCGACGGAGGUGGCGGCGGGGAAUCCCGGCGCCGGGCGCGGAGCCUUAGGGAGGCUUCUUGGCGUGGCCUGAGGCCUUGUGGACAAGGAUGCUGUCCCGAAAGAAAACCAAAAAUGAAGUGUCCAAGCCGGCCGAGGUGCAGGGGAAGUACGUGAAGAAGGAGACGUCGCCUCUGCUGCGGAAUCUCAUGCCUUCAUUCAUCCGGCACGGUCCCACAAUUCCAAGACGAACUGAUAUCUGUCUUCCAGAUUCCAGCUCUAAUGCCUUUUCAGCUUCUGGAGAUGGAAUAGUUUCAAGAAACCAGAGUUUCCUUAGAACUCCAAUUCAAAGAACACCUCAUGAAAUAAUGAGAAGAGAAAGCAACAGAUUAUCUGCACCUUCUUAUCUUGCCAGGAGUCUAGCAGAUGUCCCUAGGGAAUAUGGCUCUUCUCAGUCAUUUUUAACAGAAGUUAAUUUUGCUGUUGAAAAUGGAGACUCUGGUUCCCGAUAUUAUUAUUCCGAUAAUUAUUUUGAUGGUCAGAGGAGGCGCCAGCUUGGAGAUCGCACACAUGAAGACUAUAGAUAUUAUGACUACAACCACGAUCUCUUCCAAAGAGUGCCACAAAAUCAGGGGAGGCAUGCUUCAGGUAUUGGGAGAAUUGCUGCUACAUCUUUAGGAAAUUUAACAAACCAUGGUUCUGAAGAUUUACCCCUUCCUCCUGGCUGGUCUGUGGACUGGACAAUGAGAGGGAGGAAAUACUAUAUAGAUCACAACACAAAUACAACUCAUUGGAGCCAUCCUCUUGAGCGAGAAGGACUUCCUCCAGGAUGGGAGCGAGUUGAGUCAUCAGAAUUUGGAACCUAUUAUGUAGAUCACACAAAUAAAAAGGCUCAAUAUAGGCAUCCCUGUGCUCCUAGCGUACCUCGAUAUGAUCAACCUCCUCCUGUUACAUACCAGCCACAGCAAACUGAAAGAAAUCAGUCCCUUCUGGUACCUGCAAAUCCGUAUCAUGCUGCAGAAAUUCCUGACUGGCUUCAGGUUUAUGCUCGAGCCCCUGUGAAAUAUGACCACAUUCUCAAGUGGGAACUCUUCCAGCUGGCUGACCUGGAUACAUACCAGGGAAUGCUGAAGUUGCUUUUCAUGAAAGAACUGGAACAGAUUGUUAAAAUGUAUGAAGCCUACAGACAGGCUCUUCUCACAGAGUUGGAAAAUCGCAAGCAGAGACAACAGUGGUAUGCCCAGCAACAUGGCAAGAAUUUUUAAGUUAAUUUUUAUAAAUAAAAUUUAAGGGCUUUAAAAUCUUUUCACAAAUGAAAAACUGCAAACAAGUACUUUGGUUAAAAAGGCAGCUUACUUUUUUGGACAUCAUAAAUCUAAUUUUACAUAUAUUUUGUUAUUAAAAAUAUUCUUUUAUUAAGAAAAAAGUGAGUUUAUCAUUUUAAGAGCCAACCUGGCAAACACUUCUAAAUGCUGUAUAUUUGGAAACUGCUUUGAAUAUUCUUGAUGGCAACAAAUGUAGCAAGAAAUGUCAUUUAACCAGAUAUUAAGUAGGAAAUUAUCAGUCAGUAAACUCUUAUAGUAGCAGUACCUUUCUUUAAAAAGCAGAGAGGGAGUUCCCAUUGUGGCGCAGGGGUUAACGAAUCUGAGUAGGAACCAUGAGGUUUUAGGUUCGAUCCCUGGCCUUGCUCAGUGGAUUAAGGAUCUGGUGUUGCCAUGAGCUGUGGUGUAGGUUGCAGACGCAGCUCGGAUCCCACGUUGCUGUGGCUGUGGUGUAGGCUGGUGGCUACAGCUCCAAUUAGACUCCUAGCCUGGGAACCUCCAUAUGCUGAGGGAGCGGCCCUAGAAAAGGCAGAGAAAAAAAAAAAAAAAGCAGAGAGAUAACCUAUGCAGUAUUUAAAAAAAGAUGUCUACUGCUUUCAUGUGGAAUAUUGCCUGGAAUUGGAUGGUUUAAAUAUUACCAUUCAAAACAUAAAAUGGGAUUUGGGUGAUAAAUUUUUGUAUAUAAUGUAUGAAGUUCCUCUGCCCCCAAAUGUAAAGAACCCUUUUAAAACAUGUUGAAAAAGUAUUUUUUGGUCUGAAAGGGUGAAGGACCUGUAAUCUUUCAGGAAUUAAAUUAGGCAUAAGGCCCAAGCCUGUGUGGGAAGGUGUGUACAGCAGUCACAGUUCCUAAUAUAACUUCCUUACUUUGUGCCAGGGCUCUUAUGGCAUUUAGUAACGUGAUUCUGAUGAGACACUGGAGGGUUCCCAACAGCAUAGCACGUUGCCAUCCUGAUGGACUGGGUUGAGCUGCCAAAAAUGACAAUCAGGGAUUCAUUAAGAAAUCUUGGUCAUUAAAUUGAUUUACAGAUCUUUUAUCUUGUAAGAGUUUGUCACACAACUUUAAAACCCCAGUAUUUCCCCCUCAUUUUUUCCCUUUUGGUUUAGUAGUUAUUAAGACAUUGUUCAUAAUUAGCAUAGUACAUUUGAUUGCAGGCAAAUUUAUGGCACAUGUAGCCUACAAAAUUCUGUGAAUUUCAACACUUGUUGAAAUAGCUCUAGUUAUAUUUACAUGUGUUGUAAAUAUGUAAAUAAAUUCUUCAUUUAGGUUACCUUCCAAAAUAUAAACUCCCAGAUUUAGAUACCAGUAAGUUUGAAUUAUUGAUAAAAUGUUGAAAGUGUUAAAUGUUUGAUUUUAUAUAACAAGCUUAUUAAAUAUAUUUUUGUGGAAACUAAAUGUGUUGCAUUUGAGUCCAUGUUUUGUGCAUAGUGCUUAGAAAUAUUUGAUUUUUCUAUUCAGAAGGCCUAGAGACAAAGGAAAGAGUAUAUAAUGAAAGGGGUACUGGAAAAUGAAAAUGGGCUAGCAGAAUUUUAUCAGUGAGAAAAGUUAUUUUGCAGGCAUGUGACUAGCCUUUUUUUAAGAUAGGAGUUUAUAUAUCUUAGGAAUUCUCACACACUCUUCCAUCUUAAUCAUUCUUUACUCCUUACUUAAUAUUACUGCUUAAUUUAAUUACAAUUUAGCCUUUUCUAAGAAAGGUAGAAAUUAGUGUUUUAGAGCUCUCAGAUAGGUGACAUCACUUUUUUUUUUUUCUCUAAAAAGUACACUCAAUGAAAUUCCACCACAGAUUUUAGUACUUAGAAAGACAAUACAGAAUCACUGGUUUAAAAGAACUGGAAGGUACUUAAAAGGGUACCUUUUAAAAUGGAUAUCUAAAUUUGUAAUGGUGUCAACAUUAAAGAAAAUGCAUUUUGAAAUUUUUUUAAAAAAGAGCAAAACCAUCCUUCUCUAUCAGUGCCUCCCAAGCAUUUCCAAAUUCAGUUGUUUUUAAUCUUAGGAACCAGAGUAAACUUUAAUAAUAGUUCACAUGUUAAAAGAAUAAACCUAUAAUGAAUACAUUUCUCUGUGUACCAAAUGAAAAAAUAUACAAUGCAGUGAAACUCAAAUACAUAUACAGAGUGAUUUUUUUGUGCAUUUUUUGAUCAAGAGGUUUAUAUGCUAUAUUAAAUCAUAAUAUAGAAGAAGCAAUAUAUAGUUUUUGAUAAAGCAACUGAAAAGCUCUUUUAAAUGUCUUUUAAAAUAAAAGCCAAUGGGAUAUGUAAGAUGGUAUAGGUUGAAUCAAGCCUACGGGAGUUAUGCAAUUCUUUAACAAAUGACAAUGUGAAUAAUUUAAAAAUUCUUCUAUAGAAAUAAAAUGAGCAUAUCCAAAUGUGGAGUAGUAUUACUACAUGGUUUAACUAUAACCUGAUAUUAGAAUUUAGUAAAUUCAAGCAGAACACAGGUACUGUUACCAUAAAUAGACAAACUCUUUAAAUUAUAACAGCAUAUUUGAAGACUAAAUCAGGAAACUGUACAUGUUAACCAAAUGAUAUAACCAUGCAUAUAUACAUCUGCUUAUUAAACACUGAAGUAAAAGAACUAAAACCCUUUUGCAGUCUUCAGAGGUGCUUGGUGUUUUACUCUGUUCUGAUGGAAGCACUUUGAAUGUUUGCAUGGAGACAUAAAACAAUAUUUAACUGACA